AUGCAAUCUCUAUUUGUAAAGUGUUAGAAAUGUCAGCAACGACCAGCCACUAUCAAAUGUUCUUAAUGUCGUUACGGCCAAACUUACAGACUAUGUUAUUCCUGUGAUUCGUAAAUUCACAAUCGCACAGGUCCAAUCGACUAAUAACACAAAACAGAAAUCAUACCCUAUCAAGAAAUGUAUCAAAAGAAUCAGAAUUUUGCACCAGCUCCCUCUAAACUCGAACAAUCAAAUUAAAUUAAAAAGAAUGAAUUUAAAGCCCAACCGCCAACAAAGGAUUAUUUGUCAAGCGAAACAAGAAAACCUGAUUAUUCUAAAACUAUUGAUGUUAAUAGGAAACCUGAAUAUCCAGAUAAGAAACACGAUUAUUUGGAUAAAAAAGUUGAUAGUCAUGACAAAAGAUAUGAUUAGCAAUACUCAGGUUUUGAUAAAAAAUAGUAUACAUCCAAUCAAAAGCCUUAAGAACAGGAUAGAGCCAGCUAAUCGAUUAUGAAUUAAUUGAAAGAUGAAUAAUAAUAAACAGAAAGAUUGAAGGCUGAGUUGAAUAUGGCUAAAGACAGAGAAAAGGACUUCUAAAAGAGAUUGUCUAAGUUGGAACAAGAUUACGAAUCAAAACAUAGAGAAGAUAAAUAAAAACUCCAAUAAUUAUAGGAUGAAAAUAAAAAUUUAAAUCAGAAGCUCAACCAAGCCAAUAGACAUUUGCAGGAGGAAAUCAAUAAGGUUAGACAAUAAUAUGAAUCCUAACUUAACGAACUUGAGUAAGCUUACAAUGAAAAAGAAUAAUAGUUAGAAUAAAUAGCAUAAGAAUUUAAUUUAGAGGAAAUACAAAAAAAAAUUGAAGAAUUAUAAUAAGAGUCUGAUAUGAAAGACUAAAUUAUUGAAUAAUAUCAAUAGUAACUACAAGAUAUAGGGAAUAAGCAAAACAAUAGUAGGAACACUAGAAAUCAAUUCUCAUCAAAUAAGAAAUUAUCAAAGAGUCAAGAUAAUGAUAAGGAUCAAUUGAUUUAGAAUUUACAACAAUAACUUGAAGCAAAAGAUGAGGAUUGCAGAAAAUUAGAAGAUUUGAUAGAAAAUUUCAAGCCCUUGUAUUAAAAUUUAAGUGAUGAAAAACAACAGUUAUAAGAAGAAGUGGAAAAACUUGCAAAUGAAAAUAACCAAUUCAGAGAAAUCUUUAGUUAAAACUUGCAUCUUUUCGGAAUUGACCCUGAAUAAUUGAAUGAAGAAGGCGAAGAAGGAGAAGGUGAAUAUCCUGAAGAAAUUGCAGAGGAGAAUGAUGAUCAAAAUGAUUGA